AUGGGAAAUCCUUUAGGUUCCCAUUCAGGAAUCCAUAAAAUUGGAUGUAUUUAUUACACUAUUCCCGCAUUCUCCCCUGAGUACUUAUCUUCAUUGGACAAUGUUUUUGUUGCAUUUUUAUUCCACUCUUCUGAUCGUAGUCGCCAUAAAAUUUCUAAUAAGAAAAUGUUUAGAGCAUUGAUAAAAGAAUUAAUUGAAAUUCAAGAAUACGGAAUUCAGUUAUCUAAUAACAUAACUAUUUACUUUGCAUUGGGUUUAGUACUAGGGGAUAACUUGGGACUGAACUCAAUAUUAGGUUUUGUUGAAAGCUUUUCAGCUAAUCACUAUUGUAGGAUUUGUCGCUCUCCAAAAUCAGAUCUCAAAAAUUUUAUUUGUGAGUCAAAAUUACUCAGAAAUAAAAUAAACUAUGAAAGCGAUUUAAUACAAGCUAAUGUUUCUGUAACUGGAUUGAAUGAACGUUGUAUUUUUAAUGAUGUACCAAAUUUUCAUGUAACUGAAAACAUUGUAUGUGAUUUUAUGCAUGACGUUCCCGAAGGUGUAGCACGAUAUGAUAUGGCUGUAAUUAUAAAUAACUUAAUUAAAAAUAAUUUUUUUAGCAUCGAUGACUUAAAUAGUCGUAUAGAAUUAUUUGAUUAUGGCGUAUUGGAAAGUAAAAACAGGCCACCUUGUAUUACCCUGGGAAAUUUGAAAAAUGGUAUGAUUAUCAUGUCUGCAGCAGAAAUGUUAUGUUUCGUACGAUACUUUGGCCUUAUUAUUGGUGAGCUGGUCCCUUUAAAAUGUGAUGUAUGGAACCUUUAUCUUACUUUAAGAAAAAUGAUUGAUUUGUGUUGUGCCAGAAACGUUCAAAAAGAAUGUGCUGUUCAACUAGACAACUUAGUUGCUGAACAUAAUCGACUAUACUUAUUGCACUCUCAGUCUAAAUUAAAGCCAAAAUUUCAUGUUUUAACACAUUAUGGUCGUCUUUUACUGAAAAAUGGGCCAAUUAUUUUGACUUCAUCUAUUCGUUUUGAAGCAAAGCAUAAAAUUUUAAAAUCAAUUUCCAAUUCUGUGCCAUGUAGAAUUAAUCUUGGUCAUACCUCAGCAUAUAAAAUUCAAUUACAAAUGGCAAGCCGAUUACUUAAACAAGAAGGUUUAAGAGCUGAUUUGGAAAUUGGCCCAGGACAAAAUUUUCUAUCUGCAGUUCAAUUUACCCAUUUGUUUCACCAGGCAAUGCCUGACGAAUUAAAAAAUAUUUCUCUUCUUGUAUCUUGGUGUAAGUACAAAGGAAUAUUUUAUAAGCCUGGUGUGGUAUUGACUUUAGAGGUGAAUUUAGAUGGUUGUUUAUUUGGUAAAGUUGAGAAAAUACUUAUUGGAAAAUCAAUGAUUCCCUACUUUAUAGUUAAACCAUUAUAUUCUGUAGGUUUUAAUGAUCACUUUUAUGCUCACGAAGUAGAAGACAAUACUAAUACCUAUGAUCUAAUUGUUGAUCAAUUAUGUUAA